ACGGCGCUGCCUUGGGAGCGAGGAGGCUGUGGUGAGAGACGGACUGAGAUCGGAGAUGUUUUCAAGCCUGGCCUCGGCGGCGUUCCUGGCGGUUGCAGUGGAGGCGGAGACGACAGCGGCGGCGACGCAGAGGCACUCGUUCAGGGGGUAAACCCUCCUGCGCCGACCGGGCCUCGGUUCCAGGAUGAGAAGACUGAUAAAAGAAGCUAGCUGAACAGCUGUAAGAUGCCCAAAUCUGGGUUCACAAAACCAGUUCAGAGUGAAAAUUCUGACAGUGACAACAAUAUGGUAGAAAAGCCAUAUGGAAGAAAGAGUAAAGAGAAGAUUGCAUCCUACAGCAAAACUCCAAAAAUUGAUCGAAGUGAUGUAGGCAAGGAGAUGAAAGAGAAAUCAUCUAUGAAACGUAAACUCCCUUUUACCAUUAGCCCAUCAAGGAAUGAAGAACGAGAUUCAGACACAGAUUCAGAUCCAGGACAUACAAGUGAAAAUUGGGGGGAGAGACUUAUGUCUUCUUACAGGACAUACUCAGAGAAAGAAGGUCCAGAAAAGAAGAAAACAAAAAAGGAAGCUGGAAAUAAGAAGUCUACACCAGUUAGCAUACUUUUUGGUUACCCACUCUCAGAGAGAAAGCAGAUGGCACUUCUUAUGCAGAUGACUGCAAGAGAUAACAGUCCAGAUUCCACACCAAAUCAUCCAUCGCAGACAACACCAUCCCAAAAGAAAACUCCCAGUUCUUCAUCUCGACAAAAAGAUAAAGUUAAUAAAAGAAAUGAACGUGGUGAAACUCCUUUACACAUGGCAGCUAUUCGAGGAGAUGUGAAACAAGUGAAAGAACUAAUAAGCUUAGGAGCAAAUGUGAAUGUGAAAGAUUUUGCAGGUUGGACACCAUUACAUGAAGCUUGCAACGCCGGAUAUUAUGAUGUUGCUAAGAUACUUAUAGCAGCUGGGGCAGAUGUUAACACACAAGGGUUGGAUGAUGACACUCCACUGCAUGAUUCUGCUAGUAAUGGGCACAGAGAUAUAGUGAAACUGUUACUUCGUCAUGGUGGAAAUCCAUUCCAAGCUAACAAACAGGGGGAGCGUCCAGUGGAUGUAGCAGAAACAGAGGAGUUGGAAUUGCUACUAAAAAGAGAAGUGCCCUUAUCUGAUGAUGAUGAGAGUUACACAGAUUCUGAAGAGGCUCAGUCUGUAAAUCCUUCAAGUAUUGAUGAAAAUAUUGACUCUGAGACAGAGAAAGACUCUCUCAUUUGUGAAAGUAAACAAAUAAUCCCUAGUAAAGCACCUCUUCCAUCUGCCCUUGAUGAGUAUGAGUUUAAAGAUGAUGAUGAUGAAGAAAUAAAUAAAAUGAUUGAUGACAGGCAUAUUCUUAGGAAAGAGACACGAAAAGAAAAUGAAUCUGAAGUAGAAAAGAAUAAUUUAUUUGCAAAACAGGAAAAAACUUUCUAUCCUAAAUCAUUUAAAAGUAAAAAACAAAAGCCAUCUAGGGUUUUGUAUUCAAGUUCUGAAAGUUCUGAUGAAGAGAUUCUUCAAAGUAAAAAGGUUUCUGCUCAAUGUUCUGUCCCUGAAACAUCAAAUUCUGAGCUACAAGCCAAAAAGGAAUAUGGAGUCUCUAAUGAGCACAAACAAAAAGGCAAAGUUAAAAGAAAAUUAAAGAAUCAGAACAAAAAUAAAGAGAACCAAGAGCUAAAGCAAGAAAAAGAGGGGAAAGAAAACACCAGAGUAACAAACUUGACAGUUAACACUGCACUAGAUUGUUCAGAAAAGACCAGAGAGGAGGGGAAUUUUAGGAAAUCUUUUAGCCCAAAAGAUGAUACUUCAUUACAUUUAUUUCAUAUUCCCACUGGUAAAUCUCCCAAACAUUCUUGUGGAUUAAGUGAAAAGCAAUCAACACCACUAAAACAAGAACAUACCAAAACAUGUUUAUCACCAGGUAGUUCUGAAAUGUCAUUACAGCCUGAGCUUGUUCGGUAUGAAAAUACAGAAUCUGAAUUCUUGCCAGAAAGUUCAAGUGUAAAAUCUUGUAAGCAUAAAGAAAAAAACAAACAUCAGAAAGAUUUUCAUUUAGAGUUUGGUGAAAAAUCAAAUGCCAAAGUAAAAGAUGAAGAUCAUAGCCCAACAUUUGAAAAUUCUGAUUGCACACUGAAAAAAAUGGACAAAGAGGGUAAAACAUUAAAAAAGCAUAAAUUGAAACAUAAAGAGAGGGAAAAGGAAAAGCAUAAAAAAGAAAUUGAAAGUGAAAAGGAAAAAUACAAAAAUAGAGAUGGUGCUAAAGAGCUGCAGCGGAGUGUGGAAUUUGAUAGGGAAUUUUGGAAAGAGAAUUUUUUUAAAAGUGAUGAAACUGAAGAUCUAUUUUUAAAUAUGGAGCACGAGUCCCUAACAUUAGAAAAAAAAUCUAAGUUGGAAAAAAACACAAAAGAUGAUAAGUCAACCAAGGAAAAGCAUGUCUCCAAAGAGAGAAACUUAAAAGAAGAACGAGAAAAAAUAAAAAAGGAAAGUGAGAAAUCUUGUAGGGAGGAAAAAAUAAAGGAUUUAAAAGAAGAAAGAGAAAAUGUGCCUAUUGAUAAAGAAACAGAACUCAGUUCUUUAAGUGCCAGUGAAGAAUCUAUGGGGUUACAUUCAAUAGAAAAGGAAAUCGAAAUUGAAAAGCAUAUAAAAGAAAGUAAGGAAAAACCUGAGAAACGAUUUCAAAUUAAAGAAAAGGACAUUGAGAAAACUGAAAGAAGAAAUUCUGAAAAAGAGAAAAGGAUAAAACAUGAGCAUAAGUCAGAGAAAGACAAAUUAGAUCUUAGUGAAUGUGACAGAAUAAAAGAAAAAGAUAAGUUAUAUUCACAUCACACAGAGAAAUGCCAUAAAGAAGGCGAGAAAAUAAAAAGUACUACUACUGUUAAAAAAACUGAUGACAGAGAGAAAAAUAGAGAAAAAGUGGAUAGAAAACAUGACAAAGAAAAACUUGAAAAAGAAAGGCAUCCAGCAGAAAGCAAGGAAAAGCACUUGAUGGAAAAGAAAAAUAAACAAUCAGAUAAUAGUGAUUAUAUUAAAUCAGAAAAAAAUAAAAAUAAAGACCGGGAGUUGGAUAAAAAAGAAAAAUCUAAAGAUAAAGAAAGUGUUAAUGUAGCUAAUUCCAAACACUUCCAGGAAGAGAAGAAGUCAAGUAUAGCAGAUAAUAGUAAAGCUCAACAUGAAAAAAAUCUCUCUCUCAAAGAAAAAAUAAAAGAUGAACCUUUGAAAACACCAGACGGGAAAGAAAAAGAUAAAAAAGAUAAAGAUAUAGACAGAUACAAAGAACGAGACAAACACAAGGAUAAAGUUCAACUAAAUAGUUUACUCAAACUAAAAUCUGAAACUGAUAAGCCUAAACCUAAGUCAUCACCAGCGUCAAAAGAUACUAGACCUAAAGAAAAGAGGUUAGUGAAUGAUGAUUUAAUGCAGACAAGUUUUGAACGAAUGCUAAGCCUUAAAGACCUAGAAAUAGAGCAGUGGCACAAAAAGCACAAGGAGAAAAUUAAGCAAAAAGAAAAGGAACGGUUGAGAAAUCGUAAUUGUUUAGAACUUAAAGGAAAGGAUAAAGAAAAAACAAAGCAUACCCCAGCUGAGUCCAAAAAUAAAGAACUUACUAGAUCAAAGAGUUCAGAGUUGAGUGACUCUUUUAUCAAGGAGAAACAAUCUAAAGAUGCUGUAAGUAACAGAUCACAGUCUAUUGACACCAAAAAUACGAAUUUAGGCAAGCCAUCCUUUGUUUCAGAUAAUAAUUUAAACAGGUCUCCUAGAUCAGAAAGUGAAAAGCUAGGACUCAGCUCCAGAUCUGUAUCCCUGAUAUCGGUUGCUAGCUCAGAAGAUUCUUGCCACACCACAGUCACAACUCCAAGGCCUCCAGUUGAGUAUGAUUCUGACUUUAUGUUAGAGGGUUCAGAUUCCCAAAUGUCCUUUUCCCAGUCACCUUUUUUGCCAGUUGCCAAGUCUCCUGCCCUACAUGAAAGGGAAUUGGAUAACCUGACUGAAUUGCCAGAGCGAAUUAAACCACCUUAUACUAACAGACUUCCAGCAUCCCAUCUCCGAUCAUCUUCUGUAGAAGAUGUAAAACUAAUUAUAAAUGAAGGAAGACCUGUAGAAGUUCGAAGAUGUAGCAUGCCAUCUGUCAUUUGUGAACAUACAAAGUUCCAAACGAUAUCAGAAGAAAGCAAUCAAGGUGGCUUAGUUGUGCCAAGAGAAAUUUGUCCUUCUCCCAAACCUGAGGUAUUCUCAGAUGUGCCUGAAAAAGAACUUUCAAAUGUAUCUAACAUACAUUCCAGUUUUGCAGCAUCUCCUACUAGAUCUGUAAAUAACAAAUAUAUUUCAACUGAUACGAAUGUUAUCAAGAGUACUGCUCCAAUGGGUACUUUAAUGGACAGUCCAGUGCAUUUAGAAUCAUCUAACCAGGUUGGUGUGAUCCAAAGUAAAUCAUGGGAGAUGUCUGUUGAUAGAUUGGAGCCAUUCAAUAACAAUGACUUUAUCUGCCCCAAUUCUAGUACACUUGAUCAAGAUUCUUCUGUGCCGAGUUUUUGUAGUUCUGAAAACACAAUAUUGAAAGAACAAAAUAAUGAUUUUUUAUCCCUACACCAGACUGAACUGCCAGGAAACUCUUGUACUCAGGAUCCAGUGUCCUUUCUGCCUUCACAGCAACCUUGCUCAUUCCACAGCCAGUCACUUUCAGAUGCUGAAUCUAUUCCUAAACAUAUGUCUUUGUCAUAUGUUGGCAAUCAAGAGCCAGGUAUUUUACAACAAAAAAAUGCAGUUCAAAUUAUCAGUUCUGUUUUAGAUACUGAUAGUGAAUCUACAAAAGACAUGGAAAAUACUUUUGUCCUAACAGAUGUUCAAAAGACAGAUGCCUUUGUCCCAGGGUACUCUGAGAGUACUGUUCACGAACCAUCACCAGGUAAUUUUGAGAAGUUUGAGAAGGCUAAUACUUUGCCUCUGUUACCAUCAGAAAAGGACUUUAAUGGAAGUGAUGCUUCUUCCCAGCUUAAUAAUACACAUUAUACAUUUAGCAAAUUAAUGUAUAAGUCUUCCAGUGGCCAUGAGGUUGACAAUAGCAAUUCUGAUAUUCAGGUUAUUUUACAUGAAAAAGAAAAACUAGAGAAUUUGGUUUUAACUCAUUUGAAUAAGUGUGAUUCUGAUUUAUGUGAAAUGAGUGCAGGGAUGCCAAAAGGAAACCUAAAUGAACAAGAUAAUCCAAAACAUUGUCCUGAGAGUGAAAAGUGUUUGCUUUCCCUUGAAGAUGAAGAAUCACAACAAAGCACUUUAUCAAGUUUGGAAACUCAUUCACAGCAGUCAGCUCAACCAGAAAUCCACAAAUAUGGUCAGUUAGUUAAAAUAGAAUUAGAAGAAAAUGUUGAGGAUGAUAAAACUGAAAACCAAAUCCCUCAAAGGACGACUCGAAACAAAGCAAAUGCCAUGACAAGCCAAAGCAAACAGGUUCUUGCUAGCUGUACGCUGUUACCAGACAAAGACAGUGAAUCUUCCCCUCCUAGAGCAAGAAUAAGAUUAACUGAAGAAGAUGAUCCUCAAAUUCACCAUCCUCGUAAAAGAAAAGUGUCACGUGUACCUCAGCCUGUGCAAGUAAAUCCUUCUUUACUACAAGCUAAAGAGAAAACUCAGCAGUCUCUGGCAGCCAUUGUAGAUUCUCUGAAACUAGAUGAGAUUCAGCCAUAUAGCUCAGAAAGAGCAAAUCCAUAUUUUGAAUACUUGCACAUAAGGAAAAAAAUUGAAGAAAAGCGCAAAUUAUUGUGUAGUGUUAUUCCUCAAGCUCCUCAGUAUUAUGAUGAAUAUGUGACAUUUAAUGGAUCGUAUCUCCUUGAUGGAAACCCCUUAAGCAAGAUAUGCAUUCCCACAAUUACACCACCUCCUUCAUUGUCAGAUCCACUUAAAGAGCUUUUUCGACAACAGGAAGUUGUAAGGAUGAAACUACGUUUGCAACACAGUAUUGAGAGGGAAAAACUCAUUGUAUCUAAUGAACAGGAAGUUCUACGAGUUCAUUACAGGGCUGCAAGAACAUUGGCAAAUCAAACCCUGCCAUUUAGCGCAUGCACUGUUUUACUGGACGCGGAAGUAUACAGCGUGCCACUGGAUGCUCAGUCUGAUGACAGUAAAACUUCUGUGAGGGAUCGCUUUAACGCAAGGCAAUUCAUGUCUUGGUUACAAGAUGUGGAUGAUAAAUUUGACAAAUUAAAGACCUGUCUUUUAAUGAGGCAACAACAUGAAGCUGCAGCUUUAAAUGCCGUCCAGAGAUUAGAAUGGCAACUCAAACUCCAGGAACUUGAUCCUGCCACCUAUAAAUCUAUCAGCAUUUACGAAAUCCAGGAGUUUUAUGUUCCCCUUGUUGAUGUUAACGAUGACUUUGAAUUGACUCCUAUAUAGCAGCCAUUACUUCCUGAUGGUAUCGUCUUAAAAUGAUGAAGCUCAAAGAGUAUUAUAUUAUGGGAAACUGCCUUUUGGUGAAAAUAUUGCUACUAUGCCUUUACAACUGUUAGUAAAGUUCAGCCGAAGUUGGUUAUGUAGUAAACACUGUCAUUUUAUAAAAGAUGAAAAGAAUUAUUUUGGAUCUUAGAUCCAAGUUGUUUCUAACUGAAAACUAUUAUUUAUAUUGGUGAAAGGUAACUUUGCUUUAAAGCAUGUUAGCAGACUAUGGUAGAUAUUUAACAAGUUGAGAAUCUGCUAACAACGCUGGAAGUUGUUAGCACUCUGAAUAAGAAGAUAACCACUAGUAUUCAAAUCUCUUUCAAGUUUUAUUAAAAUAUAUCAGCAAACUGAAAGUUGCAAUUCCUACCAAAUAGUUUCUAAUGUGGAAGAAAAACUUGGCACAAAAUUUCUUCAGUUUAUUAUCUGUAAAUUAAUUGUACAGUUUUCUUUUCAAGAGUUUUAAUAUUGUCUUCCUUUUUAAUAACUUAUUUUAUACAUAUUGUGCAGUUGUAAAUCUUGUAAUUAAUACUCAAACUGUAUACAAAGGAAUUGGUAGUCAAACAUGUACAAAGAAAUAAUUGUAAAACUGUUUUGUCUGAUGUUUUCUUGGACCAAAGUUGUAGAUUGUAUGAAGUGUAGUAGUAGUGUGUUCAGGAAGCAAAACCUUUAAAUAAGGCAUGCAUGUGUUUGAGUUAGCUUGUUUUCAUCACCAUAUCUAUAAAGAUUGUGACUUAGUUAUAUUGCAUGCUUUCUAUAAUUUAACUCUCUCCAUAAUUGAUGCCUAACGUGGAGUGUAAGGUGUUUCAUACUAGUCUCCUGGAAUUGUGCCUGUGACCUACUAUGUUGGACAUAUUAUUUAGAAUUAGUCAUACAAAGAAACAGCUCUUUUUUCAUCUCACAGUAGAGUCUUUUUCCCUCCCCCCCCCAAAAAUGCCUUUGAAUGAAAAUUCUGAAAUGUAAAUGUCUAUUUUAAUACUCAACUAUGAAAGAAUCUGUGAAUAUAUGUAAAUAUGUUUAAUAAAUUUUAUUGGUCAUGUUAAAUCAUUGUAAAACUUUUUUACAUUGCUUAAUGUUUUAAGCUUAAUAACCUUUGCACUUUUAAAAUAAAAACUUAGUACUCAAGUCAAAAAAGAGGUAUUUGGUAGUCAAAAUAAGUAAAAGGAACAGACAUUCUGAUCAAUCUGCAACGUUUAUGAAAAAUUGAUUAAUAUGUUGUAUUUUUUUCUUGUAUCAUAAUAUAAAGUCUAAUUUUCAGAAUUUUAUAAUUAAAGUAAGAUUUGGUAUGCUGUUUUUAAUAAUUAGCCAUGUGCUUAGAAAAAAGUCCAUUGUCUGCUAUAACAUAGAUUUAAUAAUCAGAAAUAUUUCAGAUUUGAAGCCUGUGACUGGAUUUAUGAAACAUUUUUGAAAGGAAAAUUAGAUUAGUAUAAGAUUGAUCAUCAGUGUAUGAGGUAAAAAUUUAGAAAACUCCACAAUAGUUUCUUGAAUUAUAUUACUGAAAGUUUUUUAUUGUGAUAGAGAAGAGUUCAAAGACUAUAUAAGGAAUGAAGUGAUUUAAAUGCAACUUGCAAGCUGGAAAUUAUAGCCAAUGGGAGAGAAUGUAAAAAUUGAAGCUUUUGAGUGCAAAGGUAUAUAUUAAGCUUAGGGACUUUUGAAUUUUUACACCAAUUUAUAUUUUAAUUCAUACUGUACCUGGCAUGCGCAAUAAAGCAGCACUUGUUUAAAAAAAAAAAAAAACACAGUGCAAGGACUUUAUUAUAAAAAUGGAUGUGAUAUUCUUUAGAAAUUUAGAUAAGAGAUAAUUGGCCUUUUUUAUUGGAUAAAUGGGGCCAAGAAAGGCAGGGUAGAUUUUAAAGCACUGGUUUUGUUGAAGUUAGGUUUAUUAUUAAGGCUGGGAACAUUAAGAACUAAUAAAAGCAAUACUUUUUAAUAUGAAAAAAUUAAUGCAAAUUUUGUUUAUUCUUUUGCCUAAAAAUCAAAAACCAGAUUAUUGAGCAUUGAAGCUACAGAAAAUACUAGAAGGAGUAAGUUUGUACAGCAUUUGUUCUGAUAGUCUAACCAGAAAGAAAGUGGAGGGCGGGGCGGAAAUCACUGUGUGACCAAACAGAACAAGCUGCAGAAGAAAAAAGCAAGCAAUCAGGAAUCUGGCAUAUUUUAGUCCAACUUUGUAGUACUAGCCACAGUUCUCACCUUCAAAUGUACCUCAAGGAGCUGGAGCCUCUCUGCCAUGAUUCUGCUUCUGCAGAUUUUACUUUCUAAAGUAAUUCAAAGCUAAUUGGAUAGCUUAAAAAAAAAAAAAAGAAUGCCUUCUCAAUGAGAGUUUAAGGAGGUAAGGGCUUUUGAUAGUAAGUACAUUCUGAAGCUCUGAAAUGCUAAGGGGAAGAACUUAGAAUGAGGUAUUUGCUUAAAAAGAUGUAGAAUUCUGAAAGAAAUAAAGAAUGGUUAGUCUAAACAGUGAUUUUUUUUUAACUAUUCAAAUAUCAUGAACAAGAUACUAAAUUGUACCGAAGGGAUUUGUAUUUCUUUAAAUCUUGUUCUAAAUCAUAUCUGUUUAAUAAAUGACUAGUUGAAUAUUUGUGCAUGUUAUUUAAUAAAGAGUUAUAUUUUUAUAGAAAAAAUAAGAGUGAAAUGUGUGCUAAAUGUGUUUUUUAAUUUCUCAUUCCUAUAUGACUAAGCCAAACACCAAUGUUUACUUGGGCAAAAUUGCAGAAAUAGCCUUUCAAGUUCAAAUCUAUUCAGUAAUGAUAUCCCAAAAGUGAAUUUUAAGUAUUAGACAUGCUGCAAACUUCAUAACUGUAAAAAUCUCAAAGAUUCCAUGAAGUUCAUCUUAAUGGAACCUAAGAAUUAUACACUUCUAGGAAUUGAGAGCGCUAAAUAUGCAUUUCUCUUAAUUAUCCAAAAAGUUAGUGAUAUUUUACAUUUUCUGCCAUAUCCUGACACAAAAGAACACAAAAUUUAGG